CAGGACCAGGUACGGUACACCGUUAUAUUCAAGCGAAGGAGUUAUUUGAAGAGUUUGUUCCAAAAACUGAAAAAAGAAUGUUCAUUUUAUAUCUAUAGUGUCUGUGAUUUUUACAGUUACCAGAUGUGGUUGAAAUUUUAGUUGUAUCAUUUUAGCACUAACGCAAUGCACUCGUGUAUAUGACUGACGAUCAACUAUAUGAUUCAGGGUUUUUUUUUUUUCAAUUCUUUUGUCUGAAAAAAAUAAAAACGUUACACGACUGGAACCAUUUUGAUUCUUCUCACAGAAUACCAGCGGUAUCAGGGUUAUUGUGAAAUUGGAUCCAUUAUGAAGGACUAUGCACACGCAGUUUCCUGACCUGCUUCGUUUUGUAAAGCUUGGGCCCCCAACAGGCAAAACCAUUUGGAUGCUUCCAUUUCACACACGGCACGCGACCCGGGUAUGUAGAGGAAAAAUAAAGUGGCUGAAUGGCAGGCGUGGGGAGAACCUGUACGUAAACGUGCAUUGACGAAACGCAUGUUUGCACUUUUUGUAGUUAGUUUAUUUUUCUAUUGUAGGUUGGACAGAGCCACUCAACUCCCCUCCUCUGUUUUUGGUACAAACCUAACUCCAGCUGAUCGGCCUUGGUUACCUGUGCGGACUAUCGGACUAACAGCGCCGCGUUCACCCAGAAUUUGUUCUGUAUAGCCUUACAGAUUCAAGCGGCCGCUCGUGUCGGCACGGACCCCUGUUCUUUUAUUAAAUUUGGACCGCAGACCAUCCAUUGAAGCGGAUUUUUGGAAAUACAGCUGGCCGAGGAACCUCCCACAACGAAUAGGCCUCCUUCUCAUCUCCGCUCUCGCCUGGCUUGAUCUACCGAUUGGAGCCAUGGGUGACACAGGCAGUGAACGCAGCAAGCCACCCAGUUUACCUCCCCGGUGUCCCUGUGGAUUCUGGGGGUCCAGCAAAACCAUGAACCUCUGCUCCAAGUGUUUUGCUGACAUCCAGAAGAAGCAGCCCGACGAGGACUGCGCCCCUGACACAGCCCCCAGCACCAGCAGUAGCCAAUCAGCAGUCUUCUGUAGCGAGAGCAGCAGCAGCAGUAGCCAAUCCCUGUCGUUGGUGCCUGUCAGCUGUGAUCAGCCGUCAGCUGAAGACACGGGACCCGCACUUCCCAGCACACAGGAGGGGGUCUCCUGUACAGACACAGCCCACGGUACACUCUCCACGCCCACAAAGAGGCCCUGCGACCCAGCCUCUGAGUCGGAGAGCGAGGCGUCGCCACAGAAACGGGCGCGGCCAGACGGCGAGGGGACGGGCGGGGGGCCGAAGCAGAGGAGCCGCCGGCGUUGCCAUCGCUGCCAAACCAAACUGGAGCUGGUCCAACAGGAGCUGGGGUCCUGCCGCUGCGUGUACACACGAGAGACGGUUCGACAAGGGAUUUGUCUGCCCAAGGUUACGUGUUCUGCAUGCUGCACCGCCUCCCUGAGCAGCACGACUGCCUGUUCGACCACCUGGGGCGCGGCCGGGAGGAGGCCGUCCUCAAGAUGGUGAAGCUGGACCGCAAGGUGGGACGGUCAUGCCAGCGCAUCGGAGAGGAGUGCUCCUGAACCACCGCCCAGUCCUGAGAGAGAUAGAAAGAGAGCGAGAGAAGGACAGGAGAUGUUUGGAAUUCAUACCCCCCCCCCCCCCCCCCCCUUGAUCCUAAACCUCACCCACCUCUGUACAAUUAUAGCCCUGACCCCUCCAGCAAGCGAAGCCCAGAUCCCGCUCAGGGUACGGCCACCUGGAACCCAGAUCCCAGCCCCCCUGGUCCCAGCUCUACGCCGGGCCUGGUCUCCAGCUUUUCCCAGUUUCCCCUCACUACCCCACAGCCUUAAGCCUCCAAGUGUUUAGCAUGGAUCCAGAAACCAGAAUGUGUUUGUCUUGUCACCCAGCUUUGGAGACCAAGUCAGGGGAAGGGUCUGUAUGCAAAUGACAUCACCCUGCCAGUCAGACUUUCAGACAAAUAUGACCACUCAUCAGAGGAAUCAUGGUUUGGCCUUUUUAACUUUGGUCACAUGGCACCCCACUCUCAUUCUUCUUUGGGUCCUUUGGGAAUAGCACACAUUCUUUGUAAUCUAUUCCUAGUCAGUUGGAGUAGGGUAGAGACUUGAGGCUCUUUCCACCCCUGGUUUUUUUCUAACCCCCUUUGUCUGUGGCACUCCCCUAGCAUGUCAGUAGGUGUUUCUGAGUGGGCCUAAUGGAGUCCACUGCAGUCAUACCCUCUCCCCGUUUGCAGACAGUCUCAGACCACAACUGGCAGCUGACUGAGAACUGCCUGUCUCAGACGGAGAUAUAAAAGCGGCCUGCUCUCUGUCUCCAAUCUUUUGAGGUCUCUUUCCACUAGCUGGCUGUUUCGCAGUGUGGCUCCUGAGCUGCGGGUGGCUUAGCGCUUGGAUAAGGACAGAUAAUAGACAGUAAAUAGGCAGGACAUCUUUUUUUUUUCUUUCUUUUUUUUUUUUUUUUUUCUCUCCAGUGUGACAGUGCAUGUUUCUGGAAUCACAUUGCUGACCUCAUUCUGGUAGAGAUGGUAUCCGUGGCACAGCACUGGACUGAAUGUGCAUGCAUGCCGCAACCACCAGAGGGAGCCAGUCAGCCAGCACUGUAUUGCAGCCGGCCCAGGAGCUAGCCGGAACAGAGCUCCCGGCACCACACAACAGCCAGGCCAGAACUGCUGACGCAACGCGGCGGCCAUCUUCACUACAUUCGAGAUGGGUCAGGGGCUGAGCAAAUGGGGUCGCUGUCACACUGGUGAUUCCGCUUUUAAACAAAUGGCCAAUCUGAGCAGUUUGUUUCUCGACUCAAGCUCGGUUCUCCGUGAGGGCAAUGCUGCCCCCUUUGAGUGUGGGAGUGCAGGAGGCCACAACAAAAACAACAUGAUCAUUUGCCAGCGCCUGGUGCCUGACCUCCGAACAGUCCGCCUGCGUGGAAAGGAUGAGCACAACUGUGAGACUGCGAAAGGAAAGGGGAAAGGCCAGGCAGCUGGAGACUGUCACGUGCUGAAGAGAGGACUGCCUCUCUCUUUCUGUCUCCGUCUCUCACUCUCUGCUUUCUUUCUCUCUCCUGCCCACUGUCACACACUUGUCCUCUCACCCCAGACUGCACCCUCCCUGUCAUCUGUCCCUCUGCUUUGUCAACCAUAAUCCUUCCAUCUCCUAAUUCCUCCACUGUAAACAACUUCUGUGCUCUCACUUCUCCACUCCACUCCUCUUCCUUCCAUCCAGUCCUGAGCCACCCACCCCCCCCCCCCCCCUCCCCCAUGCCCUAUUGAACAUGUGAGGAUGAGGAAAGGGUGGAGGGAGGGGUGGGUGCUGAAGAUGUGCGUGCUCUUAUUUUGAUAUUUUGAGAGCUUUGUUGAGUUGUGAUUAAAAAAAAAACAUGGCAAAAAGCAAAAUGAAUAUCCUGUAUCUUAAAGAAACUCUUAUUUAACCCAAUUGUGUUUCAGAUUUACUUACACAUUAGAAUAGUGCUGCAUUUUUAGUUUAACAUUGUUAAAAUUAAAUAAUUCUGUAAUUAUUCAUUUUUUCCUUUGAUCUUUUUCUUUUUAUUAUUUUUCCCUUUUCGCUGAAGAAUAAACUGGAUUAGAGGA